CCGGAAGUGUUUGCUAAACAGGAAGUUCACACUCCUCAAUGUGACUUACACUGGUUAAUAUUAUAAAGCUCUUAUACGGUUGUAUACAGUCCUAGUUUUAAAACAGCAACAUGUUUCUAACCACCGUGAAUUUGGCCAAGGCUAAAUCAAAGACCAUCCUGGUGCAGAUGGUGAGCGCUGCAGGGACAGGCUACUGCUUUAACACGAAGAGGAACCGUCUCAGAGAAAAACUGGUGCUGCGAAAACAUGAUCCAUUUGUGAACAAGCACGUCCUGUUCUUUGAGAAGAGGAAAAUCCGAUCAAUUUAACAAUUCACCGAUCUACAUGAACAAUGCAAACCUGCUGGGUUUAAACAGACUAUUUUUACUGUCACGGAUUGAACAAAAUGUGUCAUCAGUCAACAUUUCUGUUUGACUUGACUCACAUGUUUUCUGAGGAUUUCUUCUUGGACAUGCCCCAAAGCUCCUUCUCUCUCCACUGCACCAGCUCGGUACAAACCAAAUCUGGACCAAGCUUUGACAAUACCAAGGCUUUAAAGAAGACACGACUCGUGCUUUAAAGUGCCGCUGUUUAUUGGAGUCACAGCUGUCUUGAUCCUAAGCCGUCAAUUUAUAAAAUAACAGUAUCAUUGAUUAUGGCACAGAAGUGUUGUACAUGUUGAUAUUUAAACUGAGUUCGUGUUAUUAAACCAUUUAAGAAGA